AUUGAUACUCUCUACUGACGUGUCUGAACACAAACAACCGGUCGUGGCAUUUCAACAAUUUUUUUUGUUCAAUUUUAUUCCAAAGAAAAUCGUCAAACAAUGGGCGUUAUGGAGCAAUUAAGCAUGGACAGCCUGUUCGGCGAUGUUCAACGAAUGGACAAAAGACAGUUCCUCUACCAGGUUCUGAGCUUCGGCAUGAUCGUGUCGUCAGCCUUGAUGAUUUGGAAAGGUUUAAUGGUGGUAACGGGUAGCGAAUCACCCAUUGUUGUUGUGCUCAGUGGCAGUAUGGAACCAGCAUUUCACAGAGGCGAUCUAUUGUUUUUGACAAACUACAGAGAAGAGCCAGUGCGUGUAGGAGAAAUUGUCGUUUUCAAAGUGGAAGGAAGGGACAUACCAAUCGUCCAUAGAGUAAUUAAGUUGCACGAAAAGAACAACGGAACACUGAAGUUUUUGACCAAAGGUGAUAAUAAUUCGGUGGACGAUCGAGGCUUGUAUGCUCCAGGUCAGCUGUGGCUGACGAAAAACGAUAUUGUCGGUCGGGCUCGAGGUGUGCUACCGUUCGUUGGCAUGAUUACGAUAUACAUGAACGAGUAUCCGAAUUUCAAGUAUGCCAUUCUUGGAAUAUUGGCGCUGUACGUGCUGAUUCACAGGGAAUAAUUUGUCGUUCCAUUCAAAACUUUUUCAUCAUUCAGAAAUAAUUCAUCAGAAGCACACACACACACGCACCUACUGGUCACUUCAGAGUUUUAUUGAAUUUCAGUGAAAUUUCUAUUUAUUUCUUGUGAAUGCAUUUGAUCGACG